AUGCCCUCAAACAACGAUUUGACGGACCUUACAGAUGCUGAUCCUCACCAGGUACAGUCGGUACGGUUCAACACUGAUCCACUCCUCUCCGCUUUCGAACCUCUCCGCUCCGGCAAACUCGUCUCCGUCACCACAACCUCCGCCAUCCUCCUACCUUCCGUACCACACCUGUACAAGCUUGGCCAGUACCCCAUCGUCAUUCAUGCUGCCUUGAAUCCUUACAGUAGCCCUGACUACUCAGAAAUCACUUCAAUACGACAAUGCGGCUUUACAUUUCUACACUCAGAGACGCUACAAGAGGCGCAAGAUAUUGCGCUAUCGGCACACGCUCUGGCAACACGGAGCGGAAAAGGGGUUAUUCAUUUCUUCGAUCCCGCCAAUUCGGAAAAAGACCAUUCAAUAGAGGAUGAAAGUCCUUUUCUAGUAAAACAUCUGUUGGAACUCGACCUGGGAAGAGGGGAACAGCCAGCCGACGGUGAGACUUCGCUCUACGUCGAUGAGGGACGGCAGGCUACACUCACAGAGGACUCGAUCAGCGCUACUAGCGGCCCAACCCCACAACAGAGUCACGGUAUCAGCGACGCCUCCGCACCACUUCCACCUCGAGCACUCAAUGGAGAUUCUUCUGCAAGCUCAUCUGGCAGAGAAAGUAGUAUAGAUAGCCGGCCUACAGUAUCUUCAGCCACCUCAGUCACGUCCACUACCACCAGACCCGUCACAUCUGAGGACAUUCACACAAUAAUUUCUCACAUAUGGGAGAGAAUCGCCAAGGCCACGGGAAGGAUAUACCAUGCAUUCGAAUACACAGGCUCGGAGGAUGCGAUCUCGGCUUUAUUCGUGUUCGGUUCUACAGGUAUUUUCGUUGAUGAACUGAUAGCAUCCAAGGAAACUGAAGAAUUUGCAAAGUCUGGGCUCAUAACAGCUCGACUGUACAGGCCAUGGCUUGCCGCGAAUCUCAUUCAAGCAAUACCGAAGUCCGUUAGCAAAAUAGCAGUGCUAGAACAGAUUAGAAGAAAGACUACGAAAUGGGGUCCAGUGUUGCUCGAUAUACUUACAUCUCUGAGGACAGGACCGUCUACGUCAGGCACCCCUACAAUAGUAGGAUAUCAACUGGGAUACAUCGAGCCCGCAACAGCCCGACAAGCACUACGAGGCAUCUUCCAGAAUCUCAAUUCGCCCUCACCUAUACAGAACCUCGAGGUUGGCUCCCGAAAAAAGCCCACGAGUAAUACUAAUGAAUAUAGCUUGGAACAACCCAAGGUUGAAACAGCAUACAUGAAAAUCCUUGAGCAAGUAUUCGGCGAGCGACUACAUCUUGCUAACCGGCUCGGCGCUGCCCAUGCCGGUAUCUCAUCGACCUUGGCUUCCAAUCCUGAAUUUGGCUUUGGUUCUCUGCUUGCUAGAAUAGACCGUCGGACACGCUUUGUCGGUGACGUGCAGGAGGCUGCUACAAGCGCUGAAUUUAUCACCGAAGCGCCAAAAAGCUGGCUAUCAAAAUGGGCGCUUGCGGCCCGCGAACCAGCCAGGGCAAAUGAUCUAGCGAAAGAGGUCAUUGCUCGAUUAAGUACUGAUGGGUCGAGUCUAGCAAAUCGUUUGCUGUCAACAAAAGCCCUGUUUUUCAACGAAUCACAGUGGUUGAUUGGAUCAGACGCAUGGGCAUAUGAUCUCGGCAAUUCUGGAGUCCAUCAUGUGCUCGCAUCAGGCGCGAAUGUAAACAUGCUUAUUAUCGAUUCUCAGCCAUAUUCUGAUCGAGCUGCUACUGACACGGCGAGGCGAAAAAAGGACAUCGGUCUUUAUGCUAUGAACUUCGGCAAUGCUUACGUAGCUUCUGUGGCGGUCUAUAGCUCGUAUACUCAGGUGCUAGAGGCAAUGAUUGAGGCAGACCAAUUCGACGGUCCCUCAGUAGUGCUUGCCUAUCUGCCAUACAACAAGGAAGACGACUCCCCACUGACCGUCUUGCAGGAGACUAAGAAAGCUGUUGAUUUAGGAUAUUGGCCGCUUUAUCGAUGGGACCCAAACAAUGACGAAAACGGGCAACCAAAUUUCUCACUGGACUCUGAGCGUAUCAAACAAGAACUCGAAGAGUUCCUGCGGCGGGACAAUCACUUGACCCAGCUGAUGAAUCGACAUCCAGAAUUUUCAGCCAACCUGUCGGAGUCCUAUGGAACCGAAGUUCGCACCUUACAAAAAAGGAGAGCGAAAGAUGCGUACGACAGGAUGUUAGAGAGCCUAUUCGGAGCACCGUUGACCGUAAUUUUCGCAUCGGACAAUGGCAAUGCUGAGUCUUUAGCGAAGAGGCUCGGAAAUAGAGGCAAGGCUCGAGGUCUGAAAUCAAAGGUCUUCGCCAUGGAUGACUAUCCGUUAGAAGAUCUCCCCGGAGAGGAAAAUGUUGUCUUAAUUACUAGCACCGCAGGUCAGGGUGAGUUCCCACAGAAUGGACGAGCGUUCUGGGACACCAUCAAGGAUGCUGGCGACCUUGACUUGUCUAGCAUUAAUUAUUCAGUUUUUGCGCUUGGAGACAGCCAUUACUGGCCACGGAAGGAAGACAGAAUAUACUACAACAAGCCUGGCAAAGAUUUAGACGCCAGAUUAACUUUUCUUGGGGGCAAGUCGCUUGCAGAGAUCGGACUUGGAGAUGACCAGGAUCCAGAUUCAUAUCAGACUGGAUACAACGAAUGGGAACCGAAGUUGUGGCAGGCUCUCAACGUCGAUAAAGUAGAGGGUCUACCUGAUGAGCCACCACCGAUCACCAAUGAAGAUAUCAAAAUACAGUCCAACUUUCUCCGCGGUACGAUUGAAGAAGGGCUCGAAGAUAAUUCGACUGGGGCAAUAGCAGCUUCUGACCAGCAAUUGACCAAAUUUCAUGGCACCUACAUGGAAGAUGACCGUGAUCUACGGGACGAACGAAAGGCGCAAGGCCUUGAGCCUGCAUACGCCUUUAUGAUCAGAUGCAGACUAGCGGCCGGUAUAGCUUCGCCUUCACAAUGGCUUCAGAUGGACGAAAUCAGUAGUACGCUGGGCAAUGAGACCAUGAAGUUGACAACUCGUCAAACUUUCCAAUUCCACGGCGUCGUGAAGAGCAAGCUGAAGCCAGCCAUGCGAUCCAUCAACAAGGCGCUCAUGACUACGAUUGCAGCCUGCGGUGAUGUGAAUCGUAAUGUAAUGUGCAGUAUCCUCCCCACUGAAUCAGCCUACCAUCGUGACGUGUACGAAGCGUCAAGAAAAAUCAACGAUCAUUUGCUCCCAUCAACAUCCGCCUACCAUGAAAUCUGGAUCAAAGACAAAAAUUCGAAUGAGAAGCAAACCCAAAUAGCUGGCGACGCUCUUCAGGAUAAAGAGCCUCUCUACGGCCCGACUUACCUCCCUCGGAAAUUCAAAAUUACAAUCGCAGUCCCUCCAUCAAACGACACAGACGUCUAUGCCCACGAUAUAGGGUUAAUAGCAAUCAAAGGCUCUGACGACCGUCUCGAGGGUUUCAAUGUCCUCGUAGGCGGUGGAAUGGGCGUGACCCAUAACAACAAGAAAACCUAUCCUCGCACAGGCAGCAUGUUUGGCUACAUCCCCACCUCCCAGAUCCAUCUCGUAUGCGAGAAAAUAAUGCUCGUGCAACGCGACAAUGGCGACCGUAACAAUCGAAAGCACGCCCGCCUAAAAUACACAAUUGACGACAUGGGCGUCGAAGCUUUCAAAUCGAAAGUCGAAGACCUCCUAGACGGCUUAAAAUUCGACGAGCCACGCCCCUUCAAAUUCCUAUCCAACAUCGACACCUUCGGCUGGCAGCGCGACGAGAACGGCAUGAACCACUUCACCUUCUUCAUCGAGAACGGCCGCGUGGAAGAUACGCCCGACUUCCCCAUGAAAACUGGCCUCCGCGAGAUCGCAAAAGUGCAUCGAGGUGAAUUCCGCCUCACGCCGAACCAGCACCUCUGCCUCUCCCUCGUCCCGGACUCUGAGCUCCCUACCAUAAAAAAUCUCAUGAAACAGUACAAACUCGACGUCAAGCACGAAGGCACUUCUGCCCUCCGCCUCUCUUCCUCCGCCUGCGUCGCCUUCCCAACAUGUGGCCUCGCCAUGGCGGAAAGUGAGCGCUACCUCCCUAUUCUCAUCACAAAACUUGAGUCAACCCUUGUAGACUUGGGGCUUAGUAAUGACUCUAUUGUUAUGAGGAUGACGGGCUGUCCGAACGGCUGCGCGCGCCCUUGGCUCGCGGAGGUGGCGUUCGUGGGGAAAGCGUAUGGGGCUUACAAUAUGUAUCUUGGAGGGGGGUAUCAUGGACAGAGGCUGAAUAAGCUUUAUAGGAGUAGUAUCCAGGAGGAGGAGAUAUUGGAGAUUAUGAGGGGGAUGUUGAAGGAGUGGAGGGAUACGAGGGAUAACGGGGAGUAUUUUGGAGAUUGGACGAUACGGAGGGGGUAUGUGAAGGAGACGACGGAGGGGAAGGCAUUUCAUGAGGGGGUGAUGGAGGAGGAGAGUGAUGAUGAGUGA